CACACCAUAGCUGGGGGAAGGAGGCAAGGAGAUGAGGAGAGGCGAAAGACACGGAAACCUAGAACGGUUAGCCUUUUUUUAUUGAACGAGGUCACUUCACCGGGUCCCUCUCUCCAGGUUCUUCUUCCCGACUACCACGACAACCGCCCUACGCCAGACCGACUCGGUUGUGCCUGGCUCUACUCCUUCUCAGCCUUAUCAUGUCGUGAGACCUGCAACGUCCACGCUGCUCAUACAAGCAUCUGGAACCUCCAACAUUCUGCCAUCAUGGGCCUUGGCAUUCUCGAGUCCAGGACUUUGGACAAUGUCCCAGGGACAACGCGCUACUUCGAUGAUCCAAACCGUCCCCAGACAGCGAACGAUUCUCACCACGGACUGAAAGUCGACGCGAGCGGCGAUGUGCCCAUCAUUCUGGUUCCUCAACCAUCCGAUGACCCCAACGAUCCCCUGAACUGGCCCCUUUGGAAGCGAGACCUCAUCACCUUUGUUCUCUCCAUGACCGCCAUCUUCGCGACUGCGCUCGGCCCUAUUCUCGCGGCGAAUACCGUUACGAUUGCCCUCCUGUUCCGUACUAGCUUCACCCGCAUCGCACUUUUGACCGGAUACUUCCUUCUCGGAGUUGGUGCCGCAGCCAUCUUCUUUGUGCCUUCUGCCCGAGUCUGGGGCAAGCGCCAUCUCUUCAUUCUCGGAAUAUGCAUCCUCGUUGCCUCUUCUGCGUGGGCGGGCUCUGUUGGCACGAGCUACAACUCGCUACUUGGUGCGCGCAUUGUCCAAGGUAUCGGCUGUACUCCCUUCGAGACACUCGUAAAUGCUGCCGUCGGUGAUCUGUACUUUGUACACCAGCGCGGCUCCCGCAUGGCCUUUACGAACUUGGCAGUAUUUGGCGGCGCCUUCUUCACUCCCAUUGUUGUUGGCAAGAUCACUCACAGCAUUGGGUGGUGGUGGACGUUUUACUUGGAGGCCAUCUUUUGUGCCGUGUGCCUUCCCGCCGUCUUCUUCCUUUGCCCUGAGACAGCCUACCGUCGGGACAUUGCGCUCAACACGGAUAUGGUUGCUGACUCUAUCGAACUCACUGACAACAAGGCAUCUUAUGUUGGCGGCCCGGGCAGCAGGUCCAGCGACCACGAGAAGCUGAACCCUACGUCAGCGCCCUAUGGAUCAGGCCUGGAGGCUGUCCGAGGAGCGGGAGCUCAAACUCCGAAGAAGACAUUUAUUCAAUCGCUGGCUUUGUUUGAUGGUCGCAAGACGGACGAGCACUACUGGAAACUGCUUCUUCGCCCGUUCCCGCUCAUCGCUCAGCCCGCCUUUCUGUGGGGAUGUCUGAUUCAAGGCACCAUGAUUGGUUGGACAGUCUUCAUCGGUGUCAUUGUUGCUGCCCUCUUCCUGGGGCCUCCUUACUACUGGAAUGAGGUAUACGCUGGAUACGCCUACGUUGGUGCUUUCGUGGGAGCGCUCGUUGGCUUCAUCAUUGCUGGCGCUUUCUCCGACUGGAGUGCCAAGUUCUUGACUCGUCGCAACAAUGGCAUCUACGAACCCGAAUUCCGUAUUGUCAUGGUUCUGCCCAUGUUCAUUAUUGGUUCUAUUGGCCUCUACGGGUUCGGCGUCACAUCUGCUGGGCUUUCAGCCAGGGAAUACCACUACAGCAUCCCGCUCGUAUUCUUCGGCUUCGAGGUUGCUGGUAUGGUCAUCGGGGCUGUGGCCAGCUCUCUAUACAUCGUCGAUGCCUACCGCGACCUGGCCAUCGAAGGCUUCACUAUCAUGAUCAUUUUCAAGAACAUCUUCAGCUUUGGUCUUACAUUCAGUGCCUACGAUUGGAUCAUCGGGGGUGGUAUCAAGCCUACAAUGAUGGCCAUUGCCAGUAUUCAGGUUGUUGUUUGUGCCACGAGUAUACCAAUGUAUUUCUAUGGCAAACGCAUCCGCGCUUACUUCCAUCAACAUGAUCUGCUGAAGUUGACUGGGUUGCGCUGA